UAAUAACCAGGUUCGCUCGCGGGCUCACCGAAUCCUUUCUGCCUUUGAUGAUUUGCUUUAAGCUCCAACCAUCUUUGCUCUGGGCUUCCUGGAACCCCUCCUUCCCACAUCUGGAUAUAGCAGACUCAGAGAAGGUGAAAUAACCCAAGCACAGCCGCACCACUGGGGGUGCCGAAGAGGACGAACCGUGACCGAACGCCUGGAAGAGCCUUUCAGCCGAGAGAUGGCUCGGAGCUCGGUCUGGAGCUCACUUCUGCCUCUGGGGCUCCUCUGGGGCGCUGUCUGCUCAGGCUCGGCAUCUGGGGACGAAAACGCUUUUCCUUUUGACAUUGAAGGGAGCUCAGCCGUAGACAGACAAGACCCAUCCGAGACCAGCGAGCCCCACACCGCUCCCGGAAACCUGCUGCCGACCGCUGAGAAAUGUGGCCCUGGGCUCUUCCGUGCCCACUCAGGAGACUGCUUGCCCUGCAGCUGUAAUGGUAACUCCAACCAGUGCUUGGAUGGCUCCGGAUUCUGUGUGCACUGCCAGCGGAACACCACUGGAGAGCACUGUGAAAAAUGUCUAAAUGGUUAUAUUGCAGAUUCUAUCAGGGGUGCACCCCGGAUCUGUCAGCCAUGCCCCUGCCCUCUGCCCCACGUGGCCAAUUUUGCAGAAUCCUGUUACAGGAAAAAUGGAGCUGUUCGGUGUAUUUGCAAUGAAAACUAUGCUGGACCUAACUGUGAAAGAUGUGCUCCUGGUUACUAUGGAAACCCUUUGUUGAUUGGAAGUACCUGUAAGAAAUGUGACUGCAGUGGUAAUUCAGACCCCAACCUAAUCUUUGAAGACUGUGAUGAGGUCACCGGCCAGUGCAGGAAUUGUCUCCGUAACACAACUGGAUUCAAGUGUGAACGCUGUGCCCCAGGCUACUACGGGGAUGCCAGGAUAGCCAAGAACUGUGCAGUGUGUGAGUGUGGGGGAGGCCCUUGCGACAGUGUAACCGGAGAAUGCUUAGAAGAAGGUUUUGAAGACCCUACAGGCAUGGACUGCCCAACCAUAAGCUGUGAUAAAUGCGUCUGGGAUCUGACUGACGACCUCCGGUUGGCGGCUCUCUCCAUUGAAGAAAGCAAGUCUGGUCUGCUGAGUGUGUCAUCUGGAGCCGCUGCUCACAAGCACGUGAAUGAAAUCAACUCCACUAUCUACCGCCUCAAAACAAAAUUGUCAGAAAGAGAAAACCAUUAUGUCCUGAGAAAGAUACAAAUCAACAAUGCUGAGAGCACAAUAAAAAGCCUUCUAUCUGACGUAGAAGAAUUAGCUGAAAGGGAAAGUCAAAGCUCAAGAAAGGGUCAACUGGCUCAAAAGGAGAGCAUGGAUACCAUUAACCACGCCACUCAACUUGUAGAGCAAGCCCAUCAUAUGAGGGAUAAAAUCCAAGAGAUCAAUCAGAAGAUGCUGUAUUAUGGAGAGAAACAAGAACUUAGCUCUGAGGAAAUCUCUGAGAAGCUGGUAUUGGCUCAGAAGAUGCUAGAGGAGAUUAGACAACGUCAACCAUUCUUCACCCAACGGGAGCUUGUGGAUGAGGAGGCAGACGAAGCCCAUGAAUUGUUGAGCCAGGCUGAGAUUUGGCAGCGACUCUACAAUGAUACUCGCUCUCUGUUUCCUGUUGUUCUGGAGCAACUGGAUGAUUACAAUGCUAAGCUGUCAGACCUCCAGGAAUCACUUGACCAGGCCCUUGACCGUGUCCGGGAUGCGGACGACAUGAACAGGGCUACAGCAGUCAGGCAGCGGGAGCACGAGAAACAACACAAGAGAGUCAGUGAAAAGGUGGAAGGGGUGAACGCUUCUCUGCAGAUGUCUUCAGACUCUCUGGCAACAACUCAUCUGACCCUCUCAGAACUUAAUGAAAUUAUAAAGAAUACAUCAGGAGUUUAUGCUGAAAUAGAUGGAGGCAAAACUGAACUACAAGGAAAAUUAUUCAACCUGAGUAACCUCAAUCCUGAUUUAGUCCAAGAAGCUAUUGAUCAUGCACAAAACCUUCAACAAGAAGCUGAUGAAUUGAACAGGAAUUUGCACAGUUCAGAUAUGAAUGGGCUGGUCCAAAAGGCUUUGGAUGCUUCAAACGUCUAUGAAAACAUUGCCAAUUAUAUUAGUGAAGCCAGUGAAUCAGCAGAAUUGGCUUUGAACAUCACUGACCGAAUUUACGAUGCUGUGAGUGGGAUUGAUACUCAAAUCAUUUACCACAAAGAUGAAAGCGAGAACCUCCUCCAUCAAGCCAGAGAACUGCAAGAAAGAGCUGAUUCUAGCAAUGAAGAGGCAGUGGCUGACACCGGCAGGCGUGUGGGUGGAGCGCUAGCUCGGAAGAGUGCCCUUGAACACAGAUUAAGUGAUGCUGUCAGGCGGUUGCAAGCAGCAGAGAGAGGUGAUUCUCAGCAACGCCUGGGCCAGGCCAAGCUGAACGUCAAGGAAGCUGACAAGACCACACUGCAAGUCCAGCAGAUCACCGGCCCGCUGGCCAGCAAUCUAACCAGCUGGUCACAGAACCUUCAAAACUUUGACACUUCUGUUUACAACACCGCCGUGGACACUGCCAGGGAUGCAGUAAGAAACCUGACAGAAGUUGUUCCUCAGCUCCUGGAUCAGCUUCGUACAGUCGAGCAGAAGCGACCUGCAAGCAAUGUUUCUGCCAGCAUCCAGAGGAUCCGAGAACUCAUUGCUCAGACCAGAAGUGUUGCCAGCAAGAUCCAAGUCUCCAUGAUGUUUGAUGGCCAGUCAGCGGUUGAAGUGCACCCCAGAACCAGUCUGGAUGACUUAAAGACCUUCACAGCCCUGAGCCUGUACAUGAAACCUCCCACAAAGCGGUCAGAACUGCCUGGGGUUGCAGAUCAGUUUAUACUGUACCUCGGAAGUAAAAACGCCAAAAAAGAAUAUGUGGGUCUUGCAAUCAAAAAUGAUAAUCUGGUGUACAUUUAUAAUUUGGGAACGAAGGAUGUAGAAAUCCCUCUGGACUCCAAGCCUGUCAGUUCCUGGCCUGCUUACUUCAGCAUUGUCAAGAUUGAAAGGGUAGGAAAACAUGGAAAAGUGUUUUUAACUGUCCCAAGUCUAAGUAGCACUGCAGAGGAGAAGUUUAUUAAAAAGGGACAGUUUAUGGGAGAUGACUCUUUACUGGACCUUGAUCCUGAGGACACUGUGUUUUAUGUUGGUGGGGUGCCUUCAGGCUUCAAGCUCCCUGGCAGCUUAGACCUACCUGGCUUCACGGGCUGCUUGGAAUUGGCUACUUUAAAUAACCAUGUGAUCAGCUUGUACAAUUUUAAGCACAUCUAUAAUAUGGAUCCCUCCAAGUCAGUACCCUGUGCAAGAGAUAAACUGGCCUUCACUCAGAGACGGGCUGCCAGCUACUUCUUUGAUGGCUCUAGUUAUGCCGUGGUGAGAGACAUCACAAGGAGAGGGAAGUUUGGUCAGGUGACGCGCUUUGACAUAGAAGUUCGAACACCAGCUGACAAUAGCCUUGUACUCCUGAUGGUCAAUGGAAGUAUGUUUUUCAGCCUUGAAAUGCGCAAUGGUUAUCUACAUGUGUCGUAUGACUUUGGAUUUAGAAAUGGCCCUGUCCAGUUUAAUGACACAGAAAAGAAAGCUCCAAUUAAUGAUGCAAAAUACCACGAGAUCUCAGUCAUUUACCACAAUGAUAAGAAAAUGAUUUUGGUAGUUGACAGACGACAUGUCAAGAGCAUGGAUAAUGAAAAGAUGAAAAUACCCUUUACAGACAUAUAUAUAGGAGGGGCUCCCCCAGAAAUCUUACAAUCCAGGAACCUAAAAGCACAACUUCCCUUAGCUAUCAACUUCAGAGGAUGCAUGAAGGGUUUUCAGUUCCAAAAGAAAGAUUUCAAUCUAUUAGAGCAGACAGAAACCCUGGGAGUUGGCUACGGAUGCCCAGAAGACUCUCUUAUAUCUCGCAGAGCAUAUUUUAAUGGCCAGAGUUUCAUUGCUUCGACUCAGAGAAUAUCUUUCUUUGAUGGCUUUGAAGGAGGUUUUAAUUUCCGAACAUUACAGCCAAAUGGGUUACUAUUGUAUUAUGCUUCAGGAUCAGACGUGUUCUCCAUCUCGCUGGAUAAUGGCACAGUGCUCAUGGACGUGAAGGGGAGCAAGGUGCAGGCGGCCGACCGGCAGUACCACGACGGCCUUCCCCACUUGGUCAUCGCCUCUGUCUCAGUCGGAAGAUAUGAACUGAUAGUAGAUAAAAGCAGACUUGGGAGUAAGAAACCUACUAAAGGAAAAACAGAACAGAAAAAAGAAGCUGAAAAGUUUUAUUUUGGUGGCUCACCUAUCAGUCCCCAGUUUGCUAAUUUUACUGGCUGUAUAAGUAACGCCUACUUUACCAGGUUGGACAGAGAUGUAGAAGUGGAAGAUUUCCAGCGGUAUUCUGAAAAGGUUCACACUUCUCUCUUUGAGUGUCCCAUUGAGUCGUCACCUUUGUUUCUCCUUCACAAAAAGGGAAGAAAUUCCUCAAAAUCUAAAACAAGUCAGAAUAAAAAGGGAAUGAAAAGUAAAGAUGCACCUUCCUGGGAUCCCAUUGGACUGAAGUUCCCAGAGCAGAAUGCUCCCAGAGACACUCAUUGCCACCUUUCCAGCAGGCCUAAGGCCAUAGAGCAUGCCUACCAGUAUGGAGGGACAGCAAACAGCCGUCAGGAGUUUGAAUACUUAAGAGGAGAUUUUGGCGAAAAAUCUCAGUUUUCCAUUGGUCUCAAAACUCGGUCCUCCCAUGGGAUGAUUUUCUAUGUCUCAGACCAAGAAGAGAAUGACUUCAUGACUCUAUUCUUAGCCCAUGGCCGCUUGGUUUUCAUGUUUAAUGUUGGUCACAAGAAAUUGAAGAUUAGAAGCCAAGAGAAAUACAAUGAUGGAUUAUGGCAUGAUGUGAUAUUUAUUCGGGAAAAGAGCAGUGGCCGACUGGUGAUUGAUGGUCUCCGUGUCCUAGAAGAAAGUCUUCCUCCUACUGGAGCUGCCUGGAAGAUCAAGGGUCCUAUUUAUUUGGGAGGUGUGGCUCCUGGAAGGGCUGUAAAAAAUGUCCAGAUAAAUUCAGUCUACAGCUUCAGUGGCUGCCUCAGCAACCUCCAGUUCAACGGUGCCUCCAUCACUUCCGCAGUUCAGACAUUUAGCGUGACUCCUUGUUUUGAAGGUCCGAUGGAAACAGGAACAUACUUUUCAGCAGAAGGAGGAUACGUGGUUCUAGAUGAGUCUUUCAAUAUUGGACUGAAGUUUGAGAUUGCAUUUGAAGUCCGUCCUAGAAGCAGUUCUGGAACCCUUGUUCAUGGCCACAGUGUCAAUGGAGAAUACCUAAAUGUUCACAUGAAAAAUGGUCAGGUCAUCGUGAAAGUCAACAAUGGCAUCAAAGACUUUUCCACUUCAGUAACACCCAAGCAAAGUCUUUGUGAUGGCAGAUGGCACAGAGUUACAGUUAUUAGAGAUUCAAACGUAGUUCAGUUGGAUGUAGACUCUGAAGUGAACCAUGUGGUUGGACCCCUGAAUCCAAAACCAGUUGAUCACAGGGAACCUGUGUUUGUUGGAGGUGUUCCAGAGUCUCUGCUGACACCACGUUUAGCCCCCAGCAAACCCUUCACAGGCUGUAUCCGUCACUUUGUGAUCGAUGGACGUCCAGUGAGCUUCAAUAAAGCAGCCCUUGUUAGUGGUGCUGUGAGCAUCAACUCCUGCCCUGCAGCCUGACACAGCAGAGAAAAGCUGCCGAAGUACAAAGUUCUUUAGAGCACUGAAAGAAACACAAGAGUGAUCCAGGAGAACAGCAAUUCUCCCCCUGUGGAAGCUUCCAUCUAGUUAAGCAGGACUUGAAUCAAUCAUCAGAACUGGAUGUUUAUUAUUUCUCAUUUGGAGUCUUACCUUUGGAACCAACAUGCUUGCAAUGGAUAACAAUCAAAAGAAUGUUAAACUUACUUUUAUUGAGAGUACACUGUGUCCCCUACUGGUGAAAUUACUAGUCCUAUUUCAAAUAAAAUGAAGGAAUUCUAAAUAAACACUGGCACACAUUUUUCAAGUGUAGCUAGAUUCUCGGAUUCAUCUUUCUUUCAGAGAAGAUAACCUUCAAACUGUACCUAACUUCUGUAGGCUAUCACUACUAUAGGUGCUGAAUCAUGGAGGACAUUAUAGAAGAUAGUAAUACAAAAUAAAAAAAAAAUUCAAAGUAUGUAAGUCCUUUUAUUAAUUUUUCCUCAACCAACCAUCAAUUACAACUAUUCUUCUAAAGAAUUAUAAUCUUUUUAAGGUAUCUACAUUAGUAAAGUAUAGAAAAAGAAAAAAUGGGCUUGAAUACCCGAUAGGACAUUAAAAUACAGAAACUGAAAGAAGAGAAUUAUACAUGAAAAAUAUAGGCAACAUUGAAGACAGUGAGAAAAUAGUCCCACAUAUCAACAUCCUACCAUUCAAGGAGGCUGCUUUACCCCUGCCUUCUCAGAAGUGGCACAAUGUAAACUAUGCCAGCCAAGCUGCAGACCCUACCUGGACCUCCUACAGUACCUCAAGAGAAGUACAGAUAAAUGUACUUGUAUCUGCAUGUUGAAACCAAAGAAAUUCUUCUACCUUCUCAAUAAUUUUCAAGGACACUUCUUUACAGAGUUAGGAUUUCAUAUUGUAAUGUUUAGCAAAGAGAAUUUCCUGACACAUAACCUCUUAACAACCACAAGGUUUCAACUCUGAAACCAUGCAUUUACCAUUUCUAAAAACUUGAUUCAUUUUUCUUAGAUGGGAUUCCACUUUCCCCUAGCUUCUGAGGAGACAGAAGUAAUAUAUUUUUUAAAGGUAUAAUAAUCAGGACUUUAUAGAAAGUAUGGAUUGAAUGCUACAUCUAGUAAUUUUUACUUGUUUGCAUGGUCCCUAGAAAAUCAAUCUAUUCUGAUUUCCACAGCUCCAACUUAAAAGAAUAGCCAUAUUUGAACCAAUGCUCUAUUUCCUCUCAUUGCCACAGCUGAAUUAACAAGGGUCUCACUAACUUCUUAUUAAUGCAAACAUCUCUUAUCUAUUAAUACAAAAAGGUAAGUUAAAACAAUUGCAUAUUUUCUCUUGAAAUUUUUAAUUGGGAAAGAAUUUUGUCCUUAACAGUAGAAAUGGAAACCAAAAUAAUUCCAUCUAGAAGUAUGAUUUUUAAGUGUUUACUAAACACUUAGAAAAAAUAGAAUUUUCCACUUCAUAAACCUAAUGCAUGAAACUGCUCUUUGUCUACCAAGACCCACUUAGUUUUCCAUCCAGAGUUAUAUGGAGAUUUCUCAGAAGACAGUGGGUGAUAUCUGUUCUGAAAGGUCCCAUUAUCUGUAACAUGGUAUAUAGGGUAUCCAGAUUCCCUAAAUUGGUGAUUGCAACCUAUAACUGGGACCCUGAAAUAGUAAAUAUAUUACAUUUUAAGGUCACCGAAUUUUAAGGUAUGGAGCCAGCCUUCUUUAGGGAUGACUCAGAAAAGCCAUUUCAGCACAACCAACAAUGUAAAACCACAGACACUACAUGGCAUGGAGGUUUUUGUUCAAUAAAUAGUUAAGUGAUUUUCAGAAGGCAGAGUUUCCAUAGGUUAUCUCUUCACCUCAUCCCAUAAGGCAAUAAGGUGCCUAGGAGUCUGAAUAAUGGAAAAACUGAUGGUGACUUCUCUACUUGGGAUCCCCUGAUCUCGCAUGGGGAAGGACAGAGAGGAAUUUAAAAAACUAAAAGAAAAACAAAUAAAAAUAGUAACAUAUCAAGAAGCAUUAUCCCGUCUUAAGUAGCUUUUCUGGUCCUGAAAAGUCAAGAAGAUUGGCUACCACAGAUAAAGCCACUCAACUUAUAAACUUUACACAAUCACGAAAACUAUUUCCUACCAGAGAGGGGAAUGGGGCAGGUAGAGAAUGAGAUUGGGGAAUAAAAACAUGAUAUGGAAUGCCAAAACACAUACAGAGAGGCAUGAGCACAAGAAGAAUGUAGCAGUUAUAGCAGCAAUUGAUUAGCUGAAGGAACUCCUGAAGCGUGGUACUGACAAUUCAGCAGAGUACCUGGCCAGCGCAGUAGCGCAUAGUGAGUUUACAGUGAACUAAUCAGCAAUCUCUAACAGAGCAUGUUUUUAAAUUAUCAUGUCUAAAUCCAGCUAAUCACUUUGUUAAAUUUAUCCCUAGGUAUUUAAUUCACCUUGAUAGGAUUAUAAAUAAAACUGUUUUCAAGUCUUUUGAAAUUUGUUAUCAUGUCCUCUAAAAAUAGUGAUGGAUUUAUUCUUUUCAAUUUGGGUUCCUUUUAUUUUUCUCUUGCCUAAUUUCUCUAGCUAGGCCUUCCAGCACUAUAUUGAAUAGUAAUGGUGUAAGAACGGAGAUCCUUAUCUUGUACCUAUCUUACAGAAAAGCUUUGUUUAUCACCAUUGAGUAUGAUAGCUCAGGUUUUCAUUAUAUAUGGCUUUUAUGAUGUUGGAGGUAUGUUCCCUUUAGUCCCAUGUUUGAGGUUUUUAUCAGAAAUGGAUGUUGACUCUUGUCUAAUGCUUUUUCUUAACUAUUGAUAGGAUCAUGACUUUAUCUUUCCAUUUGUUGAUGUGGUGACCUACAAUGACUGCAUAUAUUGAACCAUCUUUACAUUUGUUGACCAAUAAAGCCCAUUUAGCCAUAAUGAUCUUUUUAAUGUAUUUGGAUUCGGAGCACUAAGAUUUUAUUGAACAUUUUUGCAUCAGGGAUAUUGGUCCACAGCUUUGUGUGUGUAUAAUGUCCUUGUCUCCAUUUGGUAUCAAAUAUUGAAAAGGUAUUGGUCAUCACUGGUUUGGGAGAAGUUAAUAGUAAAAACUCUCUUGUACUGGGCUUCUAUGGGGGGGUGGGGAGGGGAGACACUUAUGAUUACUGAUACACUGUACUUGGUUGUUAUUGCCUUGUUCAAGUUUUCUAUUUUGACCUGACAUAGGUUUAGAAGGUUUUGUUUCUAAAUAUUUGUCUAGUUCUUCUAGUUCAUCCAAUCUAUUGGCAUAAAGAUAUUCAUAGUAGUCACUAUAACCCCCUGCUUGUAUUUCUAAAAUGUCUAACUUGUCUGUCAUUUAUGAUUAUUAGAAUUUUCUUUUUUUUUAGUGAGAUUAGCAAAUGGUUUAUCUUUUAUGUUUUCAAAGAGCCAGCUCUU